AUGGCGACCGAUACAGUUAACGAAAGAGGGGAUGAACGGCACAUCGAGAUGCUGAAAAGAUCGUUGCGAGUACAUCGUGGAAAGCUAUCGAGAGCGAUUACUUCAGGAAAACGACUUGCAGCAAACGGAAUAGAUGAAUCGGCCAUCGAAGACCUCAAGGAAAGCAAAGCAGAGAUCAAGAGGUGUUAUAACCAAAUGGAAGAGGUAACGAUGGAGUUACAAAACUUGGAUCCAGAACAGCUUGACGAUUACAACGACGAAUUGGAUGUCGAUCGAGCGCGUUUUGAAGAGGCACGAGAGCUAGUAAUGAAAGCGAUCGCAACGGCAAAUGGCGCGGCAAACAACGAAUCGAGAAACCGCGAGGUGAGCAAUGGAAGAGUCAACAGAAUCAACGAAGCAUUGAAACCCGAGAUUUUGGCGAAAGAUGCAACACCUGUCGAAAUGCGUCACUGGGUGGAGGCCUUCCAAGCCUACUACAUGUCUAACCGGAUGGAUACAUUGACAAUUCAAGAGAAACAAUC